AUGGAGUUCCCUCGGAAGCGAGCUCAAGUGGCGUGCAACUUCUGCAGGCACCGAGGAAGUGUGAUGGGCAGAGACCCACAUGCACGUUCUGCGCUGGCGCGAACGCUCAAUGUGUAUAUCAGGAGAACUCCAAUGAGAAGUAUCACAUCUAGCGGCUCGCUACUAGCGCACUUGGCUAAAGAAUGCGAUAGAUUGGAUGCAGACCUUCCGGCAGAAAUAGUGCUGCGUUUGGAUCGAUUGGAAUCUCUUGUAAAGCAACAAACAAAUGUCAUCUCAGCCCUAUCCGAUCAUCUUCUGGCAUUCACAGACAGGGAUCACAAUCCGCUAGCUCCAAGCAGAUCCACGAUAUUGCAUAGGGAUGGUGUUUCUCAUGCGUCACCAUUGCAUAAAUCUCGCGCGAGUCAUACAAUGGCCUCGAUUGACUCUCGAAUGAGAUACGAGUACAACAAUGAUCCAUUUCUCAUUCCUCUGGGCCAUCAAACGCCAACCGGAAACCUAAACCUCAUUGGUGACUAUUCGCAAGAUUUCUUCCUCUUUCUAGAGUCGGAACGCAGCCUGCGGCCGUUAGCACCGCAGGUUCCAUACUCGGCCAUCCUUGCAAAACUAACCGCGAAUCGUGAAACCACGGACUUUCUAAUCUCCAGCUUUUGCAACUAUGUUCACCUGCACUUCCCAAUCCUUGAGCUUGAGUCACUUCACGAGAUGAUCGAGACCUUUCUUCAAUCAAGCGAAGGCCGUACUAGCUCCGAUGCGCUUUGUCUUAUCAUUCUAGCGCUGGGGGAGAUAUGUUCGACUACCGUCAAUGUCUAUGAUACAGAAUCACAGACAGAUAGCAAUGGCACAGAGUGCUUUGCACAUGCAUAUCAAAUCCUAGCCACGGAAGGAUUGACCUUGUUUUCACGAGAUGUCAAGGUCCCACUGGCAUACUUCUUUGGGUCGAUUUACUUUCGCUACCGAGGCAGAGCACUUGAAGCUUGGAAAAUGAUUCAUGCGGCAUCCUCUGGAGUCCAGUUGAUGUUCUCUUAUCUGCGUGGCAGAACAAUACCUCAGGAACAGCGGGACUUAUUGAUACGACUCUGUUGGAGUUGUUAUGUUUUGGAAUGGUAUCUUUUCUGCCUCUGCUCGAAAUUACCAAUAGUACUAAUCAUUCAAACGAGCAGUGAUGAUCUUGCUGAAUUCCACUUCCCCCGGAGUGGGAUCGAGAUUCUUGUGGACGGACUCCCAUUCCCUGAAUUUACUGAUCUGACCGACCGAAAUAGCCUGGUUUUCCUCGCCAUGUGCUCUAUUCGCAAGCUUCUGAACCGUAUCCACAAUACAAUAUACGCAGGUAAAAUAGAAACAGACCCGUCAAAAUCACAACACCAUCCUGUCUCGGUUGCUUCCUUGGAGACCCUCAACAUCGAGCUAAGUCGACAGCUGAAGACUUGGUUCGAUUCACUUCCUGAGUCCAUCAAGCCCAAUUUGCAGGAUCCGAAUCCGCGCGACGUGCAUGAUAGAUUACUUCGCUUGCGAUACUACGCCGCGAAGCAUAUUCUCUAUCGCCCGAGUCUCGUAUUCGCUGCACAAUCAAAAGAAAUUCAGUUGACAGCCUACCUGAUCGAGAAUUGCAAGAUAUGCGUGGAUAGCUGUCGUAAGUUCAUUCUGACGACCGUUCCUUUUAUCAAGAAACGAACGCAUGGCACUGGGCUCAGACUACAAGCCUUACUCGCAGCAGUCUUCGUCCUUUCAAUUGCAAAGGCCACGCCAUCAUUAGCUUUCCUCGUUCCGGACUUUGACGCGGUUAUUGAGGAAGCGAUUCAAUCUACCGAGCUGUGGGCUCAGUAUCAUGAAACUGCGGAUACAAUAUUGAAUAUUUUCAAGAGCAUAAGACGCAAAUUGCGGUUUCACGUUGAAUAUAUCUGCGCAUGA